AUGCGGUCGUUAUUUUCAGUCCUUCAACGGACUGCUCCGGCAGCCUGGACUCUUCCAGUGCGUAGUGUGCGGACUAGCGCCCCUGCAUGGAAGGUGGACUCAAUCUGCACGAGAUGCCGGCUACAGCAGAAGCGCCAGUUCUCGAAGUCGCGGCAGCUCACUGAGAGUCUGCUGAAUGUCGACCACCCAGCAAAGCUUGUGCGGGUUAAUCAGAAGCAUGGCCCAGGCUUGAUCAUUCUUGCUCUGAUCCCUAUCAUUGCCUUUGGCCUGGGCACCUGGCAAGUUCAGCGUUUGGACCGGAAGACAAAGAUGAUUGCCAAGUUUGAGGACCGCCUAAUCAGGCCUCCGCUUCCGCUGCCGCCACGAAUUGACCCCGAUGCGAUCGCCGAGUUUGAUUACCGCCGUGUCUACGCUACUGGUCACUACCGUCACGACAAGGAGAUGCUGGUUGGACCUCGCAUGUACGAGGGCGAAGAUGGAUUCCUGGUUGUGACGCCUCUUGAACGUGGCGAUGGCCAAAGCACGGUGCUGGUUAACCGGGGCUGGAUCUCUCGAAAGUUGAUGGCCCAGAAGGACCGGCCGGACGGGCUGCCACAGGAAGAAAUCACCGUGGAAGGACUGCUACGAGAGCCGUGGAAGAAGAACAUGUUCACGCCGGAGAACAAGCCCGAGGAGGGCAAGUUCUACUUCCCAGAUAUUAAGCAGAUGGCUGAGCUGGCCGGCAGUCAGCCCGUGUGGAUUGAAGAAACUAUGGUGCCCGACCUGAUCGAGUCGUAUGAUCGUAUCGCAAAGGGACGGCCUCUUGGCCGUGCCGCGGAAGUCAACUUGAGAAACAAUCACGCCCAAUACAUCUUCACCUGGUACGGCUUGUCCCUAGCCACGUCCAUCAUGCUGUGGAUGGUGGUGCGCAAGAAGCCCAAUGAUGCCCUGCGUCGAGUGCGCCAGAACCGCAACUGGUCAUAG